CUGUUGGAGAAGGGCGCAGAUGUGAAUGUGAUUGGUGCAGAAGGAUGGAGCGUGCUACAUUGUCUGGUCCGCUAUAACAAGACACCAUUAGAGGGCAUCAAGUUGUUAGUCAACGCAGGAGUCGAUGUGAAUGUACUCAAGGCUGGACAUGCAACAGCUCUUCAUUCCUUGGCAAAACACUGUCAGGAUCCGUACGAGUCCUACGAGUCGAUUAAGGUGCUGCUGAAAGCUGGUGUUGAUGUCAACAAGCAAGGAAAGAAAGAAUGGACAACGCUACACUUUUUGGUCUAUAGUAAUAAGAAACCAAUGGCUGCGCUGAGGCUGCUCCUGGAAGCCGGAGCAACAGUACAUGACAAAACAGCAGAUGGUUGGUCUCCUACACACCUAUUAGCCAACUCGAAUGAAGAUCCACUAGAGGCACUCAAGAUCUUGGUCGAGUAUGGUGCGGAUGUGAAUGCGGUUGGAAAGAAUGGUUGGUCCGUCCUACACAGUGUGGCGCGUUGCACCCCUCAACCACUAGAGUCGAUUCGGUUCUUAUUACAAUGUGGUGCAGAUCCUAAAGUGACGACCCAGGAUGGCUGGAGUAUCCUGCACUUUUUGGCCAAUUAUUGUUCAGACCCACUGGAAAGCAUGCGUUUGCUGAUUGAGGCUGGAGCAGAUGUGAAUGCCAAGACAAAGAGUGAUUGGACUUCUCUACAUCUCGUGGCGCGCGCUAACACCCAACCCUUGGAAUUAUUCAAGCUUUUAUUGAGUCAUGGAGCGGAUGCCACUGCUAUCGGACACAAGGAUUGGACAGUGCUUCAUUCUCUGGUCAGAUACAACCCUGAACCCUAUGAAUGUAUCCAGUUAUUGCUAGAUGCUGGUGCG